AUGGCUCGUGUAGCGGCUAAUCAUAACUCGAAUGUAACUGCAACGCCUUUUCUGGAUCAAUUAUCGCAUGAAGUGAUAAAAGAGACGUCGAAGAGCUUGAGACAUUAUAUCGAUGUAAAACGUCGAGAAAAUGGUUUUGUUCUUAAUCCAAAUUCAUCUGCAGUCGAAUCUGCACCGAUCCGUGCAAGAUAUAUGUAUGGAACUGCAAAACAAUAUCCACCAUUGUAUGGAUCAUCCUUUUCUGACAAUGACAUCAAGAUUUAUAUGCGGAGUUUUCAACAGCAACAAAGACAUGCUCAUUCUAAUCAGAAUCCAUCGGAUAAACGAAUGUGUCGUGAAGAACUUAAUUAUCAUAUGCGUCCAAAACGAUCAUCGUCGAAAGAAAAUCAAAAAUUUGCUGAACUUCGUUUAAGACCAUCGGCACGAUCGACCUCGGCGUGCAGCAUAGCAAGCGGUCGUGAUUUUCGCCGAGAAAUGCCUAGAUCUGCUUUUAAAUUAUCUCGUUUCGAGCAGAGCCAGUUAGUCGAUGAUACGGCAACUAUUCUUGCAUCAAUGGUUAAAACUCGUCGAUCGAUUUAUGAAACAAACUUAGCAUUACAUACACCACAUCAAUACAUUUCAGCGAAUAACAAUUCUGCUUUCCGUUCGACAAAUGAGCAAACUCCUGUGCCACCAAAACGCUCUGCCUUACCUCGUACGUCUGUCGACUCACAUGCAUCAUCCAAUUACACUCCAACCGCUAAACCGAAACGUAAAACAUCGGAUGCACAAGAAGAAGAAUUAGCAACUAUGCGUCGUGCAAAACCAAUUACGAAAAAAGGUCUCCUCUGCGAUUAUAAAGUGACCAUACGAACUGGAGAUCGUAAUGGUGCAUCAACAGAUGCACCCAUACGUAUUAUGUUUUUUGGAACAAAUGGUUGUACAAAUUUUUCAGAUCUGACCGAAUCCGAAAAGCAUCGUGUUCCGUUUUGUAAAGAUCAAACUGAUGUUUUCACUGUAUCAACCGAUCAUGUUGGACAAUUAGCUGGAAUAAGAAUAGGACACAAUCAAACAGACAUGCGAUCGGGAUGGUUCUUAGAUAAUAUUACUGUUUUUGAUCCGAUUCGUCAAACUACUUCAGAGAUACCGUGCAAUGCUUGGCUAUCGAAUAAAGCGGACGAUCAGAAAACAAUGCGUGAUUUGCCCGUUGUUAAAACAGUACCAAAUGCAAAAGCGAAGGAAUCCCACAAGCACGAAAAAUCACAUGAUAGUCAAUCGGAUCACUCGGCAACGGCAAGAAAAAGUUCGGCAACAUCUGAAAGCACAAUUCGUAAUGGAUCUAUUACUCGUAAACAGACAAAAAAGCAUCAUCAUAAGAAACAAUCUCGUCGAUCGGACGAUUCAAUCACAGUACCUAAAAAAUCAGUGUCGCCAUCACCACCACCGCCAGCGACAACAAUCGAAGCUCAUUAUGACCAGGAUGAAUUUUCCCCGGUUCCUUCAACACGACGCACUUUAUCACCACACAUUUCAACAUCAUCUUCUGAAUCCGAACAUGAACUUGAUAAUCGUAGUCAUUCAAGCAGAUCAUCAACAUCCGAACACCUACCGAGAAAAUCGUCUAGCGAGCGUGAUACUCCUCCAGCAAAAACUGAAACAGUGAAAACGAAACCAAUUCAACACCGUCGACCUUCUUCUUCUUCUACUUCGUCUGGUCGACCAAUCGUAAGCAAAAAAAAGGAAGAAAAGGAGGAAGAUAACGAAGAUGCGCAUUCCUUUUUCGAGUAA